CUACGUUGAAAGGUUUCACCAAAGUGUAUUAUAUAUAACAGUCACACAAAAGAAUAGCAUCAGUCUAGAGAAGUGAGCUGAAAACCAAGCAAAGCAUGAAUGUCAGAGUAUUGGUAGGUGUCUACUGUCUAGUGGCAGCAGCUGCUCUUGCAGAGGUACAAGCCAGGGGAACCAAGGGGAAAACAAGAACAAGACCAGCAGGUGAAUCUACUUUUCCCUUACCUACCACACCACCUAGAAAUGUUUCACUACGAGUUACUACACCAUCCAUGAAAAAAGUUACUGGAGGGUCUAGUCAAGCACAAGCUACAACAAACGAGUCUAUUUCAAACCAGACAACUACAGCUGCAAUGCACGAAACAGAGACCACUGCACAUGCAGCUAUGACCACAGUAUCUACCAUGAACGAGACAGAAGCAGACAAAUCGAGCUCUAUAACUACUCCAACGAUGGAUACAGAGAGUGAGCAGAUGACUCUAGUGAUGGCAAUAGUGGGGUCUGUAGUGGGGCUAUUGCUACUCCUCGUUGUUGUGGUAUGUGUCAUCACCAUCUGUACUGCAGCUGCUUCUCGACAAAAGAUCAAAACAUCCCCAGGACUAAACAAUAUCGACCAUUCAUUGGACAAUCCAACAUAUGGCAACAAAGAGCAACAAGAAGAAGAGAGCGAAAUGGGUGGAGCCAAGCCGGCAGAGGGACACAUCUACCAGGUCUUAGAGCGACCACCACUACAGCCAUCAUCAGCUGCACACGCCUAUGAGAUAGUGGACUGUGAUACUGAAGAUGACUCUAGUACUGGUACUGGUGGUGGAUCACAUGACUCCAGUACUGGGGUAUCACAGUUGACCACCGCCUCAUCUUGCAACAACUCAUCAGACACUGAGAAGAAACGAUGCACACAUCACGAGUACGAGAUUGUACCAAGUUUCAAUAAUGCUCCCAGGUCGAGACUAUCCAACUAUGAUCAUUUGAUAGAGAAAGAUGGAGGAGCUACUAGCCACAGAAGACACUCGCUGAAUGAUCGUUUGAGUUUCAGCACAGCCACACACGAAUAUGACACUAUACACAAAAAAGAAAUGAUACAAAACACUAUCAAAACGAGUGAUGACUACUCUGCCCUGGAGGUCCAUGGCUAUGCAGUACUGAGACCACACCCCUCUGCCACACGAUCACCCGGGGGGAGGAGCAUGAGCACAACACAAGACGGAGAGUACUCGCACCUUAUGCAUCACUAGUCACAAUAACUAUGCAUGCUACUAUACGAAACAUACAGCACUUCAUAAAAUGUUUGCACGCGUAACUAUUAUUUUGCUUAUAAUUAUCAUGCAUAUACCGUAACAAACAACACAUGAAUAUAAGCACUUCUUUCA